AUGUCAUCUCGAAAACCAAGCCAGCCAAGUGCAGCUGAAUUGAUCCAGGAUCUUGACGAUGCGUCGCUCAAGAUAUUCUCCAUGUAUCAGAAUAAGUCGUACUUGCCUCAUAAUGAGCGAGUGCAGAAUAUUGCAUGGAGAAUCCAGAAUCAGAAGGCCAUGAAACAGGCCAGCACUCGUGUGGUGAAGAAACAAACGCCUGUGCGGCAAAAACGAUCGUCGUCGUCAUUCACUGCAGACGCAGAAGAGUUCGAUUACGUGGCUCAUAUACGUAGAAUAUCCCAAGAGGAAUAUGGCCUGGAUGCCAAUAAAUCUCUGAAAUCUUCGUCCACCAUGUCAACGACAAGCUCGUAUUCCGGUUCGAAUUUCAAUCCUCGAGAUGGGAAAUUCCAUCAUUCAAAGGUUGAUGGCGCCUUGGACAUGCUUGGUUCUACGCCUAUGGCUACGUCCAUGCUGGUCCCUCUGAGUAUAAACCCGGUGUCUGUGUUCGCAAAAACACCAUCACGGGCACCACUACGAAAAUCCAUUUCUCAGCUGAAAACAACCAAGCCUAAUGCUCCUAGCACUUUUCUCAGCUCUUACAUUAAUCUGCUUGAAUCAACACUAAAAAAUGAUUACAAGAUGUCUCCAAGCUCCAGCAACCUGCAAGCUUCGCCAUCAGUUGCCAGUUUAACCGAUGCUAGCGCAUCCAAAAGAACUCUCCAGUGCUCGAACUGUAAAACCAAGACGACUCCGUUGUGGCGUAAAACUAAUCAUGGAGACGUCUUGUGUAACGCCUGUGGUUUGUUUUAUAAAUUGCACGGAAUCUUACGCCCCGUCAAUACGGCUCAGAAUUCUAGCAAUCAGACUUUUGCUCCAAGCAGUUUAGGUCAGAACCAGGGAACUCUUCCAAAUCAAACAGGCUACCCUGUGAAAACACCUAACUCCAUCAAUAUGAACCCAAGCAGAUCUCAAAUGGGGCAAUACAACGAGCUUUCACAAUCUACCAGGCCCUCCGGUUUUCACGGCCGUCAAAACAGCUUCAAAGACCAACUAUAUUCAUCCAGUGCUCCAAACUACUCGCAACUAGAUAAUGUCCCAGAUGAUGUUAAUUCAUUUUUGCAUUCUCAGUAUGGUGAGCCCCAGUCAUCUUUAGAUUUCAACAUGAACAACAAUCAAAAUUCUACUUCGAAUGGCGCUGAUGAGAUUGAUAAAUUGCUUAAUGUGAACUUGUUUCAACUGGAUACCUUCGUUAUUGGUUCAGAUAAGCACAAGACUGACGUGGACAUUGAUGCAUUUACAUUUGGUGACGGUGCAACAGACGAGAUACUCAUAGACAAGAGGCAACCAAGUUCAAACUCGUGGAACUGGUUAGACUUCAAUUCAACUACGAGCGGUGAUAUGUAA